UGCUAAAUAUACACAAGCGUUCAUGGAUUAUUUAAAUAGACAGCGAGUAUUAAGUCACCGUGUCAUAUAACAAGUGCUUGAUUUAAAUAUUAAAAAUCUCUUGUGGAAUUACCUGGUUUAGAUCAUUAUUUUUGCAUUCAAAGACGUAAAAGAUUUACCAAAAGGCGUUAAGAAAAAACAAAGUGAAAUUUACACUUCAUUGAAAUCUUUUCCGAAUUCUGUAUACUUUAUAUUCCAAUACGUAAUGUAUACAUAAAGGACCUAUAAUAAUGGCAUUCUUUGCUAAAUAGUCCAUUUAUUAUUAUAAUAAAUCUCGCCCUGUUCAAAAGGGAUUGUAUUUGCCAGCUAUCAUAAUGGACGUCCAUUCAAGCGUACGCCGCUAUUCGCUUACUUAUGUUUAAAAUGUGUAUCGCUACACCUAGAUUUCGGCCGGUUUAAUUCAUCUGACACUUGGAAAAUUGUCAUCAAGUCUGUGACACCUGUCUUGGAUUAUAGCAUUUUCGUUCUUUAAUAAGCAUAAUCGGGCACUGUUUCCUAUUUAUAAUCGAUCAUGUACUAUUGAACUGUCGGAAUACCAAUCUAUAAGUGUGAGCUUGCAUCGGAACGUAUUUCAUUUUCAUUUUUUAUUGGCACCUGCGUUAAAAGUGUUAAAGAAUCUUAUAUUAAAACAGGCUCAAAUGACAAUAUUUCAAAGAGAGAAGAAGAAACUGUGUUAAAUAAUGAGGAUAUAUCUGUCAGGGUGAAGAACAACCAUUAGUAUGCAAAUGUCAGCGGAAUGCUCUAGUUAUGACAUACGGGUGGAGAAAAUUAACACUUGAUAUAUAGUGUAUUAUAAUGUAAACAGAGGCCAUAGAGUGUGAAUGUUAGAUUUAAGCCCACACCUUGCUGAACUUGGGCGAAUUAAAAUACCAAAAAAGUGAAGACUGUAAUUUAUUUUAUAAAAGUAUCUUUAAUUAAAAUCAUUGAGGUUUCACGCUGUAAUGAUUUCAGCAAUCGCUACUUUAUAGUGAAAACACCCUCAAAUUGAAAGGAUUAUUGCGUUAGCUGGAUUUUUGUGCACAUUAUAAUUUGGAUUAUUACAAUGAAACAGUUCUGAUUUCGGAUUACAAAAUGGAUCCAAACCUUUACCAAAAUCAAAAUCUGGACGGUUCAAUGAAUUUCUCAAAUCCUGGUCCACUUAAUAUGUCAGGGACAAACUUUGGCAACCUGCAGGGUUUAACCCCAGAACAGUUGAUGCAGCUUCAACAGAUCAACCAGCAACAGAUACAACAACUGCAGGCACAGCUGGCACAAGUCCAGCUAGCUGGAACCACAGUGGCCGGUUCGAAUCCAUACAUGACCAGCUUUUCUGCAGUAUCGCCUACCUCGCCAGUUGGUAUCAACACAGGACCAUUGUAUGCUCCAAAUGCCCAGAGUUCUCCAGUGAUCAAUCCUAAUUUCAUACCGACAUUUCCAGUAGCGGGCUCAGCUCCCGCCAUGUCACCCGGCAGCGGACCGAUUCCACUGAACGCUUCAAUGAACAUAUCUUUAAAUGGACAAAUGCCAAAAAAUCCACAAUCCAACAUGAACACUCCAAGUUAUAACCAAAUGACUUAUCCUAAUACCUCUACAGGGAUUAACGGUCAGUUAUCUAACCAGAUUCACGUUCAAGUGCCUAAUCAGUUGAAUCAGUUUGAGGGACAAGCACGCUUCGUUACGGCUCCAAAUAGCUUACAGCUUCAGCAUGUUAACCAACCACGUAGCUUAUCCAGCAGCAGUUAUAGUUCGUCGGCGCCGUCAACGCCACAGGAUUCCCCGGCAGUUGCUAAAAAGCCACAACAGUUUGUUGCUUCCGUGCCUGACGGGCCUACGUUCAUGCAACGGCCACGUCAGCAGGUAACUUCCCCACCGUCGGCACGCCCUCCGCCGGGGGCGGCAUCUGAUCGGAGCAGCACAUCAUCCUCGAUACCUGGCUCUCCAGCAAGUUCAGGAAAUCCGCCGUUUUCCCCAGACGGCAGCUUGUCCGAUUCGUUUGGACCCGUUUCACCAGAGGGAACACCCAAGAAAGGGAUGAAUGGUGAGGUAAAGGCUGGUUUGCACAUAAAGAACAAACCGUUACAACACGAAACAAGAUACCCACAGGACAAAUGUUAUCACUGCAUGAAAAAAGUAUACCCAAUGGAAAAAUUAGGACCUGUGAGAGGGGUUGUCUUUCACAAGAUAUGUUUCAAAUGUAAAACUUGUAAUACCACUCUUAAUAUGAAAACUUUCUUCCAUAACCAAAAUGAUUCGUUCGAUAAAUCUGUUUAUUGUAAAUCACAUCAGCCCAUAUCAACAGACAAGGGUCCUAAGCUUGACGCAGACAGUUUUGAAAUAAAGUCUGCCCUGAAAGCUCCGAAAAAAGGCGGUGUUACUCCGGAAUCAGAACGGGUACCAAUACAUAAAUAUAGCUACGAUGUCACGUGCAAAGAAAUAGAGCACGCGCGUAAAGCUCCAGUAGCAGACCUUCAAUCCGGGGUUAAAACUAGGAAUCAUGCUUGGAGCAAGUCUAAGAGGGAGAACUAUAGUACACUGCCGACAGCUCUAGUAAAACAUGACGAACAAGUUCCGGAGUAUGACGCGGAUGAAUAUCACCGACAUAUCGUAGAAACACAACCGGAUUAUUGACAUCUGUGAUAAGAAUGAUUUUUUUUGAUAUUUAAGGAUAUUUUACGGGUUCCGUACAUGUAAAAGACUGUGUUUUCACUGUUGGAAUUUAUAACUGGUGGUUUGGCACUGUGCUAUUUAUUUGGGAUGUGGUUGUCAUGUUGAGAAAUAUAAGCGGUUGAAAACAAGACUUGUGAAAAUGCACUACAGGGAAGCAUGAGGGUGGUUGCUUUACUGUGAAGUUGUGAGAUAUGCACAGCAUCUGUCAAACCGAGAAUAUAUUGCAGUUGUAGAUUUUGUAUCCAACUUAAGAUAGAUUAUUAUUCUGUUGAAAUCUUCGAUUAUCCUUCAUGAAAUAUAUGCUUUUUUAAAAUGUAACUUGUAUUUUAUAACAUUGUUGUGUCAGUUAAAGUAUUCAUACUGCCGAUAUGUGUAGAAGCAUCAAUCAAAAUCUAAAUAUAAGUUAUAUACUAGAUAUUAUAUAACAUGUAAUAUGUGGUAACUUGUAUUUGUUACGUUACAUAUUAUGCACAAUUGUAAUUUUACACCCGACGGUUGUCUAAACACACUGUUAUUUAAAGCGAACAAUUUACUUAAUAUUUUUCAAUUUUAUUUCCACUGAGUUUAGAUGGAAGAUGUAAAUUUUUAAAGUACUUUAGCACAUUUUUGACAGCGGUGUUAACGUUUAUGCUAGAAUACUCUUCUUAUUUACUGAUAAUGAAAUUCAGUCUUUCUUUAAAACACUCAUACUGUUAUAUUUUCUCUUAAGUGUCCUUGGAUCAGAAAUUUGAAAACUAUGUUUUAUAUUCGUGCGUAUUGUCAAAUUUUAGACCUUGUAAUUUUUUCUCAUAUUUGUCAAAUGCAGUUUUUAUAUUAACAAACUCUUUGAAUUCCCGGAAUAACCUUGGAACAGCAAGUGUCACCUUAACUAAAAUAUUUAUUUCUGUUUACAUAAUGGUGCCGUUUGUAUGCGUUACGGAGAAAGAUAAUAUCGUACAGUCCUUUUGAAUUCAAUGAAAGGCAAAAUAUCAAUUUUCAUGUAUAUUUGAUUGAAUUUAAAGACUUUUAAAUCAGACUAUGUAACAAGCAUUUUAAUGGUCUAAGUAUUUUAGCAAAUAGUUUGAAGGAAACAACAUGAAAGCUAUUUUAGCUAACUCAAUUAUUUGGUUUUUAUUUCUAUUUUUUUUUUUUGUAAUUUCGGAAUGCUUUCUUUAUACAAAUUUAGUGAAGAAAUACAUAUAUUAAGCAACUUGUCGGACCAGUUGUUGAAUAAAUGUACAAAAAUCCUAUUUAUUCAAGUAUUUAAUGAUAUACACUACAUGUAAUGUUUUCUGUACUGAUUACAGAUUAUAGUUAUGAAUGAGAAAUAAACAAAGCCCAGCAUAGCGCCAAAAUAUACUGUUAAAGUAUAUUAUGAUCGAUCUGUAAGAAUGUGUACAUUGUAAUCAAUUAUAUAUACCAUGUUCAAAGCUAUAGUUCUUUUAAUCUACGGGCAAAACAUGUUGGGGUUGAAGAACUUCUAAUUGUUUUGUGUUGAAGGCGCGACCGCGGUGAUAUUAUGUCUACUAGUUUUGUGUACCAUCAUAUUUCAAAAUGUCUAAGUAUUUUUAAUUGGGGUCAUAUGGUGACUUUCCAGGUUUUGUCGGUAUAGUAAAACCCGGUGUGUCCCUCAUGCAUUAUUUUUGUCACGGGCGGGCACCUAGGCAGACCCAUCGACCCUCUGUAAGACAGCUUACUCACAUGAAAGAAUUCUACACCUCAAGGGAUGUAGUGAUCCAGCACGUUUCUGAAUAAAAUAUUUAAGUGACUGAUAAACAUUUCUUUAUCUUACUUAACAACUGCAGACGAAAAAAACCUAGUAGCUGUUGUGUUUCCCUCAUUCUUAAAUGUCACGACACUUUCAUAUAUAUACUUUCUUGAUUUUACCAAGUGCAUAGUUCAUGUAUUUGCUCCUAAAGAUUUCAAAAUAAUCGGAUAUAUACUGCUUGUUGAACUGUGUAAACCUCAUUUGAAAUAAUGUUUUCAAAUGCACAGGACCAUGUAAGAGAUGUAGAUUAUUUCUUCAAGGUAAAUUACUUCUCCUUAAUUGAUACCUAUAGUUAGUAUAACACAUGGCGGUACAAAAUAUCAACAUUGGCGGGGCUGGUUGAAAUAGGUUAUCAUCAAAUAUUACCUAGUCCUCGAGCCCCAUCUAUCUGGCAUUGCCCAUCUGUCUGGGACUGUUCGAUGUAUCCAAAAACAACAAAUUCUAUCAUUUGGGAGGGGGUUGGGGCACAGAGAGAUAGGUUUGUUUAAUAACUGAGUUGUAUUUGAUCAGUGUUGUCUUGGUCCUUUUUUUCACUAGUAUAAUUAUUACUUGUCCCCAUCGAUGUAUAUAGGAUACAUAGGCGUUUUUCGCGACGGUGUGUUGCGUUCAAUACUAAAUAUAAAAUUUGGUACCUUAACACUUUUUUUCGCGCGAUAAUGUACGGACUUUCAAACAUUUGUUGUCAAACACAAUUUAAUGAACAUAGAUUCAAGCCAAGAUAAAUGUAAGCUGUUAAUACAUAGUAAUGAAGAACAUUUCAUAAAGGUCUGCUGCCAUAUUCAUAGAUAACAAAAGCCAGUGGAAUUUUCCAAGCUUCCCUAUAAUUGUCCGCUGGCAUAUUUUGCGGCCCUGGCUGUUUUUCCUGUACUCAAUACUACUGUUCUUACACUACGUUUUAAUUUGUUGAUAUUAAGGCAAUCUAACCAGAUCCGCUUCUUCCCAUCUUUCAAUUACCCAAUCACUGCUUGUGCGAAUAACCUUAAGUAUAAACACAUUUUUGUGUCACGUUGUCGGCGAAGCUUUCUUUACUGUAUAACAACAUAUUAACAAUAAAAAUUAUGUUAAGUACUGUAAUUUAUGAUACUUGACAAACUCCUUUCAAACAAUGUUUUAUACUAGAUAUGUUAUUUCAUGCAUUAUUUUUUUUAUUACACUUUAUGUGUAACAUCAGUAAGAUGAAUAGUUGUUAUAACCCUAGUUGGUAUGGAACACUUUUGUCAGCUAUUUCAAUUAUACUAUGGGCACGACUUAUAUCAAAGAAUAUGCCAUGUGCUAUAAUUAUACUUUGUGCAUAUGCAAUUUGUUUUUUUGGUAAAAUACUACAACUACAUUUGCAAAUCAUAUAUUUUUGUAUAGGCCACGCGCAAGCCUCUUGAUACGAUAUAUGCCAUUAGCAGAGCUCAUGUUUUGGAAAUAUGCAAUAUGCAAAGCUUAUGUUUUUGAUAUAUGUCAUCUACAAAGCUUUCGUUUAAGUAUAUGCCAUGUGCAAAACUCUGUUUUUGGUGAAAGUCAUGUACAAAGCUUAUGUUUUAGUGUAAUUAUGUCAUGUGUAAAACUUGAGUUUUGAGUAAAUACCAUGUGCAAAGGUUAUGUGUUUGGUAUAUGUCAUGCACAAGGCUUAUAUUUUUUAGUCCCCUACUGGUUGAAAACCAGUUUCGGGGACUAUAGGAAUGCGCUUUUUCGUCAUUCCGCCCGUCCGUCCUCAAUUUCGUGUCCGGUUCAUAACUCUGUCAUUCAUAAAGGGAUUUUAAUAUUACUUGGCACAAAUGUUCCUCAGGAUGAGACGACAUGUCAUGUGCAAAACUCGGACCACUGGCUCAAAGGUCUAGGUCUCAAUUGGAGGUCAAAGGUCAACAGGGGUUUUUCCUAUCAGGUCCAUAACUCUGUCAUCCAUAAAGGGAUUUUAAUAUUACUUUUCACAAAUGUACCUCACAAUAAGUAAACAUGCACAACGUUCAGACCCCUAGCUCAAAGGUCAAGGCCACACUUGGCAGUCAAAUGUUAUCAUGGCAUGAACAGGAUCUGUUUCGUGUCCGGUCCAUAACUCAUUCAUUUAGGGAUUUUAAUAUUGCUUGGCAAAAAAAAAAUCCCAAUGAUAAGACAACGUGUAAUGCGCAAAACCCGGACCCCAGCUCAAAGGUCAAGGUCACAAUUGGAGGUCAAAGGUCAACAGGGCUUUUUUCUGUCCGGUCCAUAACUUUGCCAUCCAUGAAGGGGUUUUAAAAUUACUUGGCACAAAUAAUCCCAAUGAUAAGACGACGUGUCAUGCGCAACACCCAGAACCCUAGCUUAAAGGUCAAGGUCGCACUUGGAGAUCAAAGGUCAGUUGGAUUUUUUUUUCUGUCCUGUCUAUAACUUUGUCGUGUAAAACAGGAUUUAACUAUCAGUGGGUACAAAUAUUCCCCUGGAUGAGACAACGUGUCAUGCGCAAAACCUGGGGUCUUAGCUGAAAGGUCAAGGCACACUUGGAAGUCAAAAGGUCAAAAGGGGUUUUUCCUGUCCAGUCUGUAACUCAACAAUCUUUAAAGGGAUUUUAAUAUUACUUACCACAAUGAGACUGAAUGCCAUGCGCAAGAACACGGCCCCUAGCUCUAAGGUAAAUGUCACAUUUAGAGGCCAAAGGUCAGAUACAAGAACGACUUUGUCCAGAGCAUUCCUUCUUCAUGCAUGGAGGGAUUUUGAUGUAACCUGGCUCAAAUGUUCACUACCAUGAGGCGGAUUAUCAAGAACCUGGUCCUUAGGUCUAAGGUCAAGGUCACACUGAGAGGUCAAAGGUCAAAUUCAAGAAUGACUUUGUCCGGAGCAUUUCUUCUUCAUGCAUGGAGGAAUCUGGAUGUAAUUUGGCACAAAUGUUCAGCACCACGAGGCUCCCUUGUUGUUAGAAUUACUUCCCUUUGUUACUACUAUAAAUAGCUUAUAUUGUAACUUUUUUAUUACUGCCCGUAGGGACAAAUCAAGACUACUUUUCUGUGGUACAACAUGCAUGUUACAUCCAAGUUUUAGGUGUAUUUUAACCUAUCUCUACCUGGUAAAGAGUUUGUGUGGACUUAUUUUAUAUAGAAUUUUUAACAACUUUGUUGUUACUAUAAAUAACUUACCACUUUUCUGUGGUACAACAUGCAUGUUACAUCCAAUUUUUCUGUGUAUUUUGACCUAUCUCUACCUGGUUAAGAGUUUUGUGUGGACUUAUCUUAUAUAGAAUUAACAACUUUAGGUUUUUGUAUAUGCAAAUUUUAAUCCAAGUGUUUUGUUAUAACAUAUUGUAUAUAUAGUACAAUAUUGUUUAUACAUCAUUGGCAGAUAUCGGUUCAUUAUGCUAUUCUGCAGUAGAGAAAAUUAGGUGCCUUCCAAUAGGGGAGUUUGUAUUGCACGGCAAUACUUCAUUCACUUGUUGUAUCUGUCAUGUACAAAACUUAUGGUCAUGUAUGUGUGUGGCUUAUGAUCUUGUAUAUGCUUUACAUGUUUUAUCUAUCACAUCUCGGGAUUACCUAAUGAUAUUAACUGAAUGUCUCCUAUAAUAUUUAGAACAAUACGAGAACAAAGGAUGCUGUUAACUGCUACAGUAUCACAUGAAUGUUUUGUAUAAAAAACAAGAGCUGUCGGAGGACAGCAACGCUCGACUAUUUAACAGCCUUGUCGCUUGAAUGAAUAAGAAAGUCGAAAAAGGGGCAUAAUUUAGUAAAAAAGUAAAAUAGGGUUAUGGAACCUGCAUAGUGCUUAUCAGCUCAUGACAGUGAACUAGUGUGUGAAGUUUCAAUCCUUUCCCAUUAGUGGAUACUGAGAUACCAGCUUACAUACAAAAACUUAACCAAAAAUUUCUAUGUUGAAAAAGGGCAUAAUUUUGUAAGAAAGCAAAAUAAAGUUAUGGGACCUGCUUUGGACACGUCAGAUCAUGACAGUGAACAAGUGUGUGAAGUUUCAAUCCAUUCCCAUUAGUGAGUACUGAGAUACCAGCUUACAUAAAAAAACCUUUAUCAAAAAAUUCUAAGUCGAAAAAGGGGCAUAAUUUUAUAAAAAAGCAAAAUAGAGUUAUGGAACCUGUGCAGUGUAAGUCAGUUUAUCACAGUAAAUAAGUGUGUGAAGUUUCAAUCCAUUCCCACAAGUGGUUACUGAGAUAACAGCUUACAUACAAAACCUUAACCAAAAAUUUCUAAGUCAAAAAAGGGGCAUAAUUUUGUAAAAAAGCAAAACAGAGUUAUGGAACCUGUGCAAUGUAAGUCAGUUUAUCACAGUGAAUAAGUGUGUGAAGUUUCAAUCCAUUCCCACAAGUGGUUGCUGAGAUACCAGCUUACAUACAAAAACUUAACCAAAUCGGGAUGCGGACGCCGACGCGGACGCGGACGCCGACGCAUGGGCGAGUCUAAUAGCUCUACUAUUCUAUGAAUAGUCGAGCUAAAAACGAGCCGUGCCAUGAGAAAACCAACAUAGUGGCUUUGCGACCAGCAUGGAUCCAGACCAGCCUGCGCAUCCGCGCAGUCUGGUCAGGAUCCAUGCUGUUCGCUAACAGUUUCUCCAAUUCCAAUAGGCUUUAAAAGCGAACUGCAUGGAGCCUGACCAGACUGCGCGGAUCCAUGCUGGUCACAAACCCACUAUGUUGAUUUUCUCAUGGCACGGCUCAAUUAUCUAUUUGAUUCAAGCUUUAGCGGAUUCAUGUCUAACGUCUAACAUUUAAAACAACACAGUUUCAUGAACUUUUUGAAAAGCCAGCUAGCUAUCUCUUCUACAUGUAGUCUGUGUAGACAUUUAACUAUUUAUAUUAUGACAUGAUAUUAUUGUUAAAUUAUGUUAUUGUUAUGCACAAUAUUAUAUAAACUUGUUACGUAC